AUGGACCAGGUCGCCAGCGACCUCGACUUCGACGAGAAGUGGAACGAGUGGCUCGACUGGGCAUUGGACGAUGCCGCAAACAUUCCGACACUGCCUAUCGCACUAUCGCUCGGUCUGCGUCCGUCUCACCUACGCCAGAUCGCGCUCCAGUUCCACCGCAACUAUGACCUCCUGGAAGGUGUCGACUUCGACGACAGGCAGAUGCCCGCGUUCGAUUCUGCCCAGAAGCUUGUAGCUGGUGUACAGGAGUUUGAGCGACUGUGCAGCUUCUCCGAACUCCAGGAGAACGACCAACUCUACCAGCACGUCCAGUCCAAGCUGUCGUCUAUCCGGCAGCUGUCUGAGAUGGACCCAGGAUCGCCCGCUGCGCUCGGAAUGCUGUCUAGGCUCAUGCCGAUUCGCAUGACGCGCGGACGUCAGGGCGACUGGCUCAACGACUCGGCCUCAGGCGUAAACGCCUGCAAACUGCUCAAGGAAUAUCUGCAAGAACACCACGACGCUGUCGCCGAGGAGCUAGACCACGCAAGGGACGUAUCGCUUCCCCCGAUUCUCAGCGCUUUGCGCGACUUCGUAGUCGGGUAUGAACAGGAGCGUAAACGCGAGGGCCGCGCCGGUUACCACGACCUGCUGGUAUGGGCGCGGAAUCUGCUUAGAGACAACAUAGACGUCCGCGACCACUUCAGGCAGCGGUAUACGCACAUUCUGCUCGAUGAGGUCCAGGACACCGAUCCGAUUCAGACGCAGAUCGCCAUGUUCCUCGCCGAGGAUGUUCUGGAUGGCACACCGCAGGAAUCGCGUCCGACGGACUGGCGUCAUGUGACACCGGCAGACGGCAGGCUGUUCGUCGUCGGCGAUCCGAAGCAGUCCAUCUACCGGUUCCGAAGGGCUGACGUCCGACAACUCAACAUCCUCAGAAGACAGAUGAGCCAGACGUCGGUCCACCUGGACCAGAAUUUCCGUUCCCACCGCCCGAUCAUCGAGUGGGUGAACCACCUGUUCGGUAGUUGGAUGGAGGCCAGCGAGUCGCAGGCCGAGUACGUGAGCCUCCGACACAGGUGGGAAGCCGCAACGGACUACGAAUGGGCCCCGUGGGUUUGGUAUCUCGGCGACGAGUUCGACUCGCCGAUCGGCGAGAUCAGAGCACUGGAGUGUCAGAGCAUCGCGGCCGCUCUUGAGCAAGUUCACCGCAACCGCUGGCAGGUCCGAUCCGGAGAGAUAAACGGCGUACCGGACUAUCGACCCGCAAAGUACUCGGACAUCUGCAUCCUGAUGCCUACGCGCACAGGACUGAGGGAUCUGGAGGUCGCACUCGACGACGCGGAAGUACCAUACAGGCUCGAGGGCAGUUCGCUGAUCUUCGAUACGCAGGAGGUCCGCGACCUGCUCAACUGCCUCCGCGCGAUAGACGACCCCGGCGACGAGGUAGCGAUAGUGGCCGCGCUCCGCUCCCCCGCCUUCGCCUGUACCGACGUGGACCUGCUCCGGUACUACGAAUCAGGACGUCGGUUCGAAUAUACCGCAUCAGGUGCGGCACAGGCUCAGGCACGUUCGAGUCCAAUUAACGGCUCCGUAGCCGAGGGGCUGGACGCACUCUGCGACUACCAUGAGCGCAGGAUUGUAGAAGACAACGGUCGCGGCUGGCUGAUCCUGAUAUGCUCUCGUCCGGGACCGACGCAGUGA